GAAAAACAUUAGGGUCUUCCUCGUCAUCUUCAUUCUGUUCUCGAAAUCCAUUGUGCUUCUUUCCUUCAUUGAUUCGGCCAAGUCUAUCUGGAAGAGAAGAGGUUAUUCUAUUAACCCUUAUCUCUACGGGAGGCCGAUAGGACUCACUGCGGUGACAGAUUUCAUGACUCCACCUCAGUGGUCACUGCUCCGGCCCUCAAUCUGUCCAAAGUUUAUCUUUUGUUUCUGAUUAUGACUCCGUUACCAUCCUUGGUCCAGCCGAAAAGUUAGAUAACGCACACAGGGUGGAGCUUAACAAAUUAUUAUAAAAAGCCGCGCCAUCCACAAUGAGACCACUGAGCUCAGAAGACAACCAUGUGGAGCGUGCUGCUGCUGACCCUGGCGCUGGCCAUAUUGGCCCAGGCUGAAUCAUCAGGUGGAAGAUGCUGUGACACCCCGCCAGAGUACCAUGGCGCUAAGGACUGCAGAGAGCUGCUGGAAAGAGGAGCGCACAUUAGCGACUGGUAUACCAUCUACCCUGAAGAUGAAAAACCAAUGAAAGUCUAUUGUGACAUGCACACCGAUGGAGGAGGAUGGAUUGUCUUUCAGAGACGUUGGGAUGGAUCUGUGGAUUUCACCCGUAACUGGAAAGCUUACAAAGAGGGAUUUGGAAGCCGUCAAGAAUUCUGGCUGGGGAAUGAGAAUAUACAUAAAUUAACAAAAGAUGGUAAAUAUGAGCUGCGUAUUGAUCUCCACGAUUCUAUAUCUGUGAAGUAUCAUGCAAAAUACUCUACCUUCAAGAUUCUGAGCGAGUGUGAGAAGUACAAGUUACUGCUGGGCCCCUUCAGUGGUGGAAAUGCAGGGGACUCUCUGCUUAUGCAUAAUAACAUGAAGUUCACCACCUUCGAUGAAGACAAUGAUGAACACUUGACUGCUAACUGCGGGGGUCUCUUUAAGGGAGGCUGGUGGUUCAAGUCUUGCGUCAAGGCCCACAUGAACGGGCUAUAUAUCAAAGGCGAACACAAAGAUUCUAAUAUUGGCAUCAACUGGUUCACGGCAAAGGGGGACCACUACUCUUUUGAGCAUUCAGAAAUGAAGUUCAGGCUGGUGUUCUGAAGACCGAGAUGACUGUAUAGAGGAAGUCCUGACGACACCUACAGCACUAGAUUCUCCGAUUCCUCCAGUACCUAGAAUAUAAAAUGAGGGUUGUAGUUAUAUGACAUUUAUAAUAAAGAUUAAUUAUUGCAGAGUAAAACGUUUUACAAUUUUGUAACAAAUUUAGCAUUUCAACCUCUCGCGACUUUCAAGAUCUUUGCUUGAUGUCAACGUAUACACAAUCCUGAACAUUUUCACUAACUGACAGCAAGCCAAGAUCUUGAGAAUGGGAGCUUUAAGCUCUUGUGAGACUACAAAUCCCAGAAGACCCUGAAAUCCUGAAACACUGCCUGAAUACUAUGAUUUACGUGUUACCUUUAUUGUGUAUACAGACAUCGCCACUCUGGACCAUCGGCGGCCAUGUCUGCACCCUGUGGAUAAACAAUCACACUCCUCAAUAAAAUAGCUGAUUAUUGCUUCAUAUUUCAAGUGUAUUUAGCAUUUUUUGUAUUUUAAGAACAUUUAUGGGAGCGUUAAACCUACUCAGUGUUACUAUUUGAGGGAAUCUGUCAGCUGUAUUUGCUGUAAGAGUUGCAGACAUGGUUGGAAUGCUGUCUGGACUGUGUUUCUGAAUCAGUUUGCAUCUAGCUGUUGCAAAACUUCAUCUCCCAGCAUGUCCGGACAGCUGAAGGCGUAAAGAGGUAAAAAGGGUAAGGGACCACAGAAAUAUAGGUGGACACUCCAAAAAUCCUGUUAUAGAUGGAGGCACUGCUGAGAUAAAUUGGGGGUACAGCCAGUAA